AUGCUUCGCAACGCCGAUACCGAGGCUGAGGCGAGGCUUGAAAGAGCUGCCGCCGAAGUCGACAGACUACGGACCAGGGCCGACGCGGAGAUCCAGGCGAAACGCGACGACUCGGAGGCCACAUGGGAGACGAUCUCAGCUGUCAAGAGGUCUGAAGCUGCCGUGAUCGCCGAGUCGCGCGUGGCCGCGGUUGAUACCAAAGAGCUUGCGGCCGAGGCGUGGGAGAAGGCGGUCACCAUGAGGGAACGCACGGCGGAGACCAUGAUGGCGACGAUGAGAGCGAGGCUGGCCGACGCCGAAGGCAAAGUCGCCGACGCCAGGGCCAAGCCGCAUGCUGCCGAGGACAAAGUCGCGGCCGCCGAAAACCUCCUCGCACAGGCGCGCAUCCGCUUUCAGGAGAGUGCUGCGGAAGCUGCGGACUUGGUCCAAAGCAGCCACGCGGCUCUCGCCGAGUCUUUCCAGCAGGAGAUGGUACGGAAGCAGGCUGCGGCGGAUGCCGAGGCAGAAUCGGUGCGUGAGAGUAUGGUGGCGGCCCAGACGAGGCGCGACAGGGAGCUCGACUUUCGCGAGGCCCAGCUCGAGGAGCGAUCGUCUUCGAUCGACCUCGAGGGCAGGCUGUCGUCCAUCGUGGCGCAGGUCAGCCAAGAGUCCCGUGGCGGCGAGGACGGCGAGGACGGCCAGGUCGAUGCUGGGCAGUCUGCGCCGCAGAACCCGAGGCCCAGGUUCAGCCAGUGGGACGACAUACUGGUACCGUUGAGCGAGAUCCUGCGGCACAUACCGCUGACACGGGCCAACGUCUCGGUUCGCUCCGUCAUCUUCAAGGUCGCGCCGUUCUUGUCCUAUCCCCGCAUCGCCGAUAUCAUGAUGCGCGAGGUCGACAAGGUAUUGCCCGAGCCGGUGUCCGACAGACUCAUGUGGAUGUGCUGGUUCCACCUCGCCCACUGGGCUGAGGACAACCACAGGUUCAUGUCCACCUGGCAGCCUCACAUCAUCACGGGCACCACCUGCGGGCACUGCAGGCGCCCUCACCAGUGCCUGCGGUUUGCCCUCGUGGACGAGGGUGGCGAGACGCGGUACCAGUUCCGCCUUGCGAGUGACGAGGUACAGACAUGA